AUGAAUCCAGCACCAGCACAGGCGCCAGCAGCACCAGUACCAGUAACAGCACCAGCACCAGCACCAGUAGCAGCACCAGCACCAGCACCAGCAACAGUAGUCGCACCUAUCAACAACAAGGACAACAAUACCGCAGCAACGGUUACCACCACCACAGCAGCAGCUGAUGAACAAACAAAUCGGACAGGCACACCCAUUGCCGAGUCUGCCGAGGCUAUGGACUCUGCUGAAUCACUGGAUCCACUGUCACACUUGACCCAUAUUUUCGACAAGAUCAGGAAACAAGUGAUCGAAUGGGGCGAAGAUGCCAACUGGAAGAUCGAUGUCUUUUUGCUUCCGAAUGAGGACGGCGUCCCAACACCCGGUCUGCCACACGAUCCUCAACUGCUUUCGCAGGGACCUGCAACGCCAGCACGAGCUCCUGUUCCCACGCCCAGGAUAGAUCUCACGGGAAGCCCUCCACGGUUUCCCGGUGGAGCUCAGGACAUGGAUGUUGGGCGUGCAUUAGGUCCAGGAUCGCGUGGAUUUGCCCUACAGCCUCCACCAACGGACUUGCCGCUGUCAAAGAGUUUGGGCGUACCAGGAUCUUUGAACGAGCAGGAGAUUGGGCGCAUGAACGAGAACGAGGCUAAACGAAUGUUGGCCUUGGCCACUCGACAGAUUCGGGAGCAACAGGAGUCACUAGCUCAGGCCAUCUUGGAUCUGGAAUCGAUGCAACGUCUCAGCGCAAAACGAGAGCGGGAAGCGGAGGCCAGAUUGGAGGUGGAGAAGCAGAUCAUGGAGCGGGACGCUUUCAUCUUGUCAAAGAAGCUGCGGGAAACUUCGCUGACGCUCGCGGAAAAAGACCGCGAGAUCAAAGACGUCCAGUAUCAGCUGGAAACUGGCAAACGGUUAAUCAAGGAGCGGAACGAGGAGCGCAGAAAGCGAAUCGACGAUCAAGGAAAUGUGCCUCCACGAUCAUCUUCAGGACGACUUGAAACUUCAUCUGACCCAGCUUCAGGAGCACCUGGACGGUCAGACCCGAACCCUCCGUACCAUCAACAUCGUCACCGUCACGUCCAUCGCCAUCGACACAGCCACAUUCAUCGUCAGCUCCGAGGCAAAGCCAGCACCACGACGUUCCCAACAGGAACUGACUCGUUGGAAAACCUUGCUCUGCUGGCUACACAGGUCCUGUCGCGAGAGCCCUUGCCAGUACCAAAAGCGAGUCAAGAUGCCGAAACCGAGAGAAAGAAACGCCAGAUGGAUGAUCGGGACCGGGGAUUGCAGCUGCGACCGGUGAAGCGACCCGAGUUGAAUGGUUACCAGAAGGAUGACUUGGGAUCUCAGUCUCAACCAUUGGAGCGUCACCCCAGUCGAAUUGAUCCUACAAAGCCGAGUGCAGUUUCCAAUGGGAAAUUGAAGGCACAGGAUCAGCUUCAACCGUUGCCUUUGCUGCCCCCGGCGUCUUUGAUGCGAGCACCAUCGCAACAAAGCACCUCGUCCUCUUCAGUCCGUCCGUUCGCCAAGCAGCAGCAACCUCAGCAGCAGCAGCCGCCUCAUGGCAACGACCGGUCCCUGAACAAGCAGAGACGAUAG